AAGCUCCCUUCCCCUCUGGCUUUCCUCCGUUCAUCUGCUCUAUAAACCUUGAGGAAGUUUCCGGGCCCUGAAACCCCUCCCCCUCAACAGGUAGCUGGGGUGAGCCCCGAACCUUGCUGCCUGUAGUCCAAGCGCCUGUGCCUCCAGUCCAGCGAGUCUGAACGUUAAAACGCAAUUCUUCACACAUCCAGGAAGUUCUCCCUUUUCUUCUCCUUCAGUGUCUCCCCUACCCCCCAAAAUUUCCCCUCCUCCUGUGCCCACUUCGCCCCCCUCCUUUGGGGGCCCCGUGACCCUGAAUGUGGGGGGCACGCUAUAUUCCACUACUUUGGAGACCCUGACCCGCUUCCCAGACUCCAUGCUGGGGGCCAUGUUUAGAGCUGGCACAUCCAUGACCCCCAACCUCAACCCACAGGGAGGUGGCCACUACUUCAUCGACCGAGAUGGUAAGGCCUUCCGCCAUAUCCUCAAUUUCCUGCGGCUGGGCCGCCUGGACCUGCCCCGUGGGUACGGGGAGACGGCGCUUCUUAGAGCAGAGGCUGACUUCUACCAGAUCCGGCCACUCCUGGACGCCCUGCGGGAACUGGAGUCGUCUCGGGUGGCUACAGCACCCACAGCUGCCCUGCUCCACGCAGAUGUGGACACCAGCCCCCGCCUGGUGCACUUCUCUGCUCGCCGGGGCCCUCACCACUAUGAGCUGAGCUCCGUCCAAGUGGACACCUUCCGUGCCAACCUCUUCUGCACUGACCCAGAAUGUCUGGGCGCCAUGCGGGCCCGAUUUGGUGUGGCCAAUGGGGACAGAGCAGAGGGGGGUCCACACUUUCGCUUGGAGUGGGCCCCCCGCCCUGUGGAACUCCCUGAGGUGGAGUAUGGGAGACUAGGGCUGCAACCGCUGUGGGCUGGGGGGCCAGGAGAGCGGCGGGAGGUAGUGGGCACACCGGGCUUUCUGGAGGAGGUCCUUCGGGUGGCCCUGGAGCACAGCUUCCGCCUGGACUCUGUCUUCCCUGACCCCGAGGACCUACUUAACUCACGAUCUCUGCGCUUUGUCCGGCACUGAGGAUACUGUCCUCAGCUUCAUU